AUGAGCACCCCAAUCCGCCUCCUUCCUAAUCUUAUCCGCCGCGUCCCACUCGCCUCUCCAAUUGCCCUUCGAGCAUCAUGUCUCGCCGCUCUCGCCAACCGAAGGUGCUUCGGCACCACCCGCCCGCUGAAGAAUGCUGAGGGCCGUGGACCGCCGCAACCGCCUUCAGACGACAAGGCAGACGCAGCGCGGUCCUUCCUGGGCACGCAAAAGCGGCUUCCAGAGUUCAGCCUUACCGAUAAAGUCAUUUUGGUCUCAGGCGGGGCGCGCGGGCUCGGAUUGACGCAAGCAGAGGCGUUGUUGGAGGCUGGGGCUACAGUCUAUGCACUGGACCGCUUGCCCGAGCCCUCGGAAGAAUUCCCCAAGCUCCAAGCAAAGGCGCAGAACGAGCUAGGCACCGCCCUCCACUACCGCCAGAUCGACGUGCGAGACGCCAGCUCCCUAACCCAGAUAGUGGCGGACAUUGCCUCCGAGCACGGGCGGCUCGACGGGCUGAUCGCAGCGGCAGGCAUCCAGCAGGAGACGCCAGCGCUGGAGUACACAGCCGAGGACGCGAACCGCAUGUUCGAGGUGAACAUCACGGGCGUGUUCAUGACGGCGCAGGCGGUGGCGAAGCAGAUGGUUAGGUUCGGAAGCGGGGGAAGUAUUGUGCUUAUUGCGAGUAUGAGUGGGAGUGUUGCGAAUCGGGGCCUAAUCUGCCCCGCCUACAACACCUCCAAGGCCGGCGUCAUACAGCUUGCGCGCAACCUCGCCAUGGAGUGGGGCCAGUACGGCAUCCGCGUCAAUACCAUCUCACCAGGCUAUAUUGUGACUCAGAUGGUAACAAUGUUGUUUGAGAAGUUUCCGGAGCGCGAGACGGAGUGGGCGACGCAGAAUAUGUUGGGCCGGCUGAGCAAGCCGCAGGAGUAUAGGGGCGCGGCGGUGUUUUUGCUUAGUGAUGCUAGUAGCUUUAUGACUGGCGCGGAUUUGAAGAUCGAUGGGGGGCAUACUGCUUGGUAG